CAGGCUAUCAGCACAUCCGCAUGUAUGACCUGAACUCUAACAAUCCGAACCCGGUCAUCAACUACGACGGCGUCAGCAAGAACAUCACGUCUGUGGGUUUCCAUGAGGACGGGCGCUGGAUGUACACGGGAGGAGAGGACUGCAUGGCUCGCAUCUGGGACCUCAGGUCCAGGAACCUGCAGUGCCAGAGGAUCUUCCAGGUCAACGCUCCCAUUAACUGUGUGUGUCUCCAUCCCAACCAGGCUGAGCUGAUAGUGGGAGACCAGAGCGGCGUCAUUCACGUCUGGGACCUGAAAACGGAUCACAACGAGCAGCUGAUUCCAGAACCCGAGGUUUCCGUCAACUCGGUCCACAUCGACCCAGACGCCAGCUACAUGGCUGCAGUCAACAGCUCGGUCAGUCAGGCUGCACAGAGCGCGAGCCGSCAGGGCCGUCCCUGGGUUUUAAGGACGAGGGGGGCUUAGGCCCCAGCAGCAGGGCGAGGACAAAAUGUCUCAAACUGCAACAAAACAGGAAGAUGCUUUUCAUUUUUAAAAUAGAAAACUCUUCUACUAUGAAAUAUGACUGUAAAUGGUUCAUAAAUAUAAUUUAAAAU